CUCCACUUAAUAUCAUAACUCCCCAAUAUCUUAAACUUGACUCACUAACCUCCCUCUUCAAACUCUCGUUUCAAACACCAAACAAAUUAGGAUGGCCACCAAAAAAACCCACCCCGUCAUCCACCACCGCCAAGCCAUCACCUCCCUUCCCCCCGAAUCCUUUCCCAACCCCGCCCACGGCCACCUAACAUGGCGCACUCUCCUCUCCUCACCUCAAACCCCCACUUCCGACAUGUGCGCCGGUCUAGCAGUGUGUCCUCCCCGCACGGGCCAUCUUUGUCGUCACCGCCACUCCCAAGCGGAGAUAUACUAUAUUACUUCGGGAUCGGGACAUGUCUUUAUCGAUGGGAACGAGUAUGAGGUUUCUGCGGGCACGGUCGUGUUUAUUCCCGGGGAUGCCGAACAUGGGGUUGUUAAUCGGGGUGGGGAGCCGUUGGAGUGGUUUUAUGUCUUUCCGACGGGGUCGUUUGGGGAUGUGGUUUAUCGGUUUGAGGAGGGGAUGGGGGUGAAGGAGGGGGAGGGGAAGGUGAGGGCUAAGAUAUAG